AUGAGUCUGGAUUCGCUUCGAAAUUACUAUGGUGUUCUAAUUGUUUUGAUAACACUUAUAAGUCGAAUUAUAUUCAUUGGAUUUUCUUGGAGUUAUGGAACAGUUAUUGUUGAAUUUAAAAAACACAAUUCAACAUUAUCCGAUGCAGAAAUGAGUUGGAUUGGUAGUAUUGGUCAAAGUUUUGGUGGUAUUCUUGCACCAUUAAUACUUCUUUUUUCUCGUCGAUGUGGAUUUCAAAUAACAUUUGGUGUAUCACUUUUUGUUUGUGUUAUUUCUUUAUUUAUUUCAUCAAUUGUUCGAAAUCUUCAUUGGCUUUUAUUAACCUAUUCACUUCCAUAUGGUUUUGGUAAUGCAGCUAUUUUUAUUCUUGGUACAUUACUUUGUGGUCUUUAUUAUCCAGCUGGACAACAUCCAAAACAUGUACUUGUUAUGUGUAUUAUUUCAACUGGAUUUCCAAUAGGUUAUCAUAUAAUGGAUGCAUUAAUAUUUUCUUCAAUUAGAGAAAAUGGUUGGCAAGUAAUGAAAAGAAAUAUUGCAAUAAUUGAAUUAGUAGCAACUUGUUUACUUACUCCAUUUUUUACUACAAAAUUUUUACCAAGUACAUCACAACCAUAUCCAUAUCCAUCAACAGCGUUCAUUACAGAUACUAAACGAAAAAUUUAUUAUUCAAAACCGGUUAUUUAUUGGAUGUUAGGCAUAUUUUCAGCUAUGUGUGCUGUGAAUAAUUUUAUUCUUCACUUCCAUAGUUAUUUGGAACAUCUACUUAUGCCACCAGCACGUGUUGAUCUUUGGUUUCGUUUACUUGGAUUAUUUGAUGCAUUAUUUCGUCUUAUAAUACCAUUUAUUGUUCGUUGUUAUCCUAUUGAUAUUAUUUAUUUAUUUCCAACAAGUGCUUUUACUGGUAUUAUUGUUUUAAUAUUAACAUUUGGUUUACUCUAUACUAGCUUUAGUGUCAUAGCAAUUUUACCAAUUAUAUUAUUUGGUUUUACACCCGCUGUUGUUACAGCACUUCAAUAUACAGUUUCAAAUCGAAUCUUUGAGGAAGAUAGAACAGAACAAGGUUAUGUAUAUCAUGUUAUUGUUACGAGUCUUGGAACAAUGGUAGGUCCUGUUGUUGGAGGUUUAUUUCUUGACAUGACAAGUUAUAAAUCAAUCAUUCCAAUAUCAAUUUUUUUUCUUUUCAUUAGUUGUAUAUCAUUUACUGCAACAAUUUUAUUAUUGAAUAAGAAAAAAGCUGAUGAACUUGAAGAAAGUCAAACAGCUUCGCUUCAUCAACAUGAUAAUAUUGCUUAUGGUUCAUCGAAUUAA